AUGAGGGUCGGCAGGUCGGCAAGCGGGGCGGACGGCAGCCCGGCCCUGGGCCAGCAGGACCCGCCGCAUCAGGCGGCCGGCAGGCUUCGCCGUAUAAUUACCUGGCCAUGGAAUCUCAAGAAGGCCGAGUGCUGGUCCGAUGCCCUACUGGAGCGGUGCGAGAGCGCCAGCGGCUUCGCGCCCCUGCGCCGGAGGGUGUCCCUGCAGGACCUGGACGCCGCGCUGGGCGACCGCGGCCAUCCGAUGGUGGAGGCCGCGCAGGUGCGCGGGGCGAAACAGAGGGCCUGCCCGCGUGGUGGACACCUCGCGAAUGCGUCGUCAUCGCUCUGCUUCGCGCUCGCCCUGGCGGCCGUCGCGCUGCUCAGCCUGUUCGGAGCGCCUUUGGCGAUCAGCAAGGACACGAUGGGCGCCCUUGCGUCGAGGACUGGCUCGGUGUCGGAUUUGGCAUACCAUUCGUCGGUUGUCCAUUCGCGUGAGCUGCGCCCCCCCCCGGCGACCUCAAGGUUCAGGGAUCGAGCACACGCCCUGCUGGCGGACACAGCCCCGGCGCACGACUGGGAAAGGCAGGGCGCACCGGUGAGCAGGGGGGACGGCCAUGUGGAGGUCAUGCACGCGGGGUGGUACGUCCACCUGCCCGUGGCGCUCAACCUCUCCCUGUGGGCCGACGCCGGCGUACUUUACAACGAUCCGAAGAGGCCGCGCGGCCGGUACGCGAGGGAGAGGGCGCCAAAACGGGAAGCGGAGGGCUUGACUGACGUCCAGGAUCGCAAGGAGGUGUACCAGGAAAAGCCAGAGUUCCAUGUCUCAACACCAACUGUGCCACCCAAGAUCGCCGACUUGGGGUUGCAGCUCGACAUGGGGCGUGCUCUGGCACGGUGCCCAACAUCGGAUGUUCGUGUGCUGGUUGCCAUUGUUGCAGCUUGCUGUGGAUCGCCGGCCUUCAGCAAACGCGAUGCCAUACGCAAGACGUGGAUGAAGAUUAUCAACGAACGCUAUUCAGAUUCCCUGGACGUCCGUUUCUUCAUAGCACAACCGGGGAGCCCUGAGCGAUUCGUAGAAGCCUACAAUGCACUGAGGGCUGAGGUGCAGCUCUACAAUGACAUCGCUGUGCUUCCUGGGGAGGACAGUUACUUGGAAUUGCCAAGGAAAUCCCUGGAGAUGUUGCAAUAUGGGGUUGAGAGCCCCUGUGACUACACCCAUGUCUUGAAAAUUGAUGACGACUGCUAUCUGCGGGCAGACAAUCUCUUGAAGAUGAUUAAGGAAGGUCGUGGCAAGCAAUCAAAGGUUCCCUUUUUGAAGGACAACGCCCGGAUGCACAAAAUGUAUGCAGGACAAUUGCAUGGAGAUUGGACGGGUCCACGCCAAGGUUUCCGUCCUGACAGGAAUCCUCAUUCUAAGUGGUACCUCACAACAGAUGAGCUGCCUGAUGAACUGGCUCCUGUUGGAUCCAAAUAUCCUUUGGGUUGGGGCUACAUAAUGUCCCGUGACAUGGUUGAGCACAUCGCACAGCGCGUGGCUGACUACACAGCUCACCCUGAAAGGCGUCCGAAAUGGUGGGCCCUCUUGCCUUGGGAAGACACGCUCGUGGGAGUCCUGCUGGCGGAUGCUGUCACAUUGGACAAUCAUCCAGGCUUCAAGGCCGCUUGGAAUGGGUGCUCCAAUGACACUGUGGUCAAACACCUUGACAUCGAUGCGCCCGAAUUUCAGUACCAUCUGUACAGCGCUGAGCUGACUGGUGGGUGGAGGGACAACUCUGUGCAUUGCUCUGCCGGUGACUUCAUACCAGAUGAUGAGGACGACUGGAGAGCCUGGAGACAUUCCCUUCCGGAUGUGACAUGGGUCGGGGAAACAUGA